CUCUUAAUUUUUUGUUCAAGGAAAAUGGUCGUUUUGCGGUUUUACCUUUCCUUCAAUUCUAGUGAAUUAUAACUUAAAAUUUUAAAAUUACCUGUGAAAAUGACAGAAAAAGAGAUCGCAAUUGAGGAAUUAGAUGAUUCGAUGAAACAAACCAACGAGCAGUUGGACCUAAUGGAGUGGAACCUGGAUGGAGGUGGGAAGGAACUGGUAGCUCCAGUUGACCGCCAGGAUGUCUGCCUUGUUAACUUACUUAAAUCGGUGUCAGAGGUGCGUUCCGACUAUCAGCAGUUGCGUCGCGAACUGAUCGAAGUGCAAGCUCUGCAGCGGGAGCUCUCGACGCGGCUGCGCACGCAGUUGCGACUUGUUCACGGCAAGUUUGCGCGGCUGCGACAAAGAAUCGCAGCCGCGUCGCCGCCGCGUUAGACGCACUAUAACCCACUGCCCUUACUAGUCAUCGUCUUUUGGAGAUAUUUAACUAUAAAUUUACAGAGGCUUCCUUGAAUAUUGAAGUGUAGUAACGUUCAAACGUAGCGUUGAAACGUCUACUAGAAAACGCUACGUGUAUAACGCUCGUACGCCCGUGAAAUAGCUGUCAAUUAUUCCCUUCUCUUCCGAUUCCUAUUAAUUUUACUAGAUUACAUUAUAAAAUUAGUGCCAACGUAAUUAAAUAAAUAUUCAAUGCACUAUUAGCAAUAAUAAUUAAUCACUAGCAUAGUAUUAUUGAUCUCAGCUACUGAGAAUUAACUAUUUGAUAUUUAAAAUAUUUUUAAGAGGGGAUAACAACAGUAUGAUGGUAUGCGGUGUGGAAAUAUUUUUGUAUAACUUAUGAAUUGUUUUAUUUGUUAAGCUAGUCUUUUUUGAAACCGGUGCACACGAUUGUAAAUUUAUCUAAACCGUUUCGUAUGUGCUAACCCUAAUGUUAAUUUAAAUUAUGAAUUAAUAUGCGAGGUAUGUGUUGAUGUCUGAAUUAAUGAAAGAAUGUCGGUGCUAUGUAAUUGAGUGAAGCAAGGUACAGAUAUCUCAGGUCUGAAAGUCCUAUUCUAAUUGUAAAUUACAUCAUUGAUUUUAUAAUUGUACUAUUGUAAUAAUAAAUUUCAGAAAAACUUUGGCUGUAACACGUUUGAGCGUGUAAUUAAAAAGUUAAAAGACAUCGAAUAUAGGAUGAGAAUGGUAGAUAUGUGUCGGAUUAUAACAAUGUUGGGCUUAGUACGAAUGAAUAGACCGUAGCCCUUCGUCUGUACCUUAACACGUUUAUCGUGGCUAGUACUCUUAAGAUUUAGAACAAAUUUACAUUAAAAAAGAGUCUUAGAAUUUAAACGUUGCAUUUAUUUUUUCGCCUUUUACAUUUAGGAAAAUUGUAAUAUGUGUCAUUACACUUAGCGUUGUUACAUAUCGAAUAUUUGCAUGCUUCUACAAUCUACGUAUUAUCUGUGCACGGGGCGAGCGGACAUGUCAUAAUCAAACCAUUAAAUCUUCAAAAAAAAAAGUGUCAAGUUAUGGCGCGAAAAUUUUGUUUGACUUGAUUGCGUAUUCUUUACGUUAUUUCUAUGUGUUUUGUGUUUAUUAUGAUUUUAAUGUGAUUAAGACGUCAUUAAAUUAUUUAUAUUAAACAACAUAGUUUUACGAGUGAGUGAACAAAUUGAUUUGGAAGGCAAUUGAAGUUACAGUAUUGUCAUACUAUCUUAAUAUUAAAAAAUUAACUGAAAUUAUUCGUAGAAAAUGGCCUAUAAAAUGACGUGUUUUAUCGCCUUCCAUGUUUUUUCGGUCCUUCAUUUCUCUCUUUAUUUGUAUAAAAGAGGGGCAUUAUUGUACCACAAUUAAGUAUCGCUCGAAAAUGACCGCUCGCCCAUAUAAAUCUCACUGUAGUUGUAAGAGAAACACAUGUCUGAAACUAUGUAUAAGUCUUAAAUUAUCGUAUACCUUUAGAAUAGAUCGUAAUGUUUAGAUAAAAUUUUCAAAUUUCUUUGAACACUGUGUUAUUUAUCUUUUGUUGUUAUAUUGUUGAAUUAUAUAUAUUAAAAGAUAUUGAGCUAAGACCACGCUAGAUGGAGCAUUUUCACAAAACCUAGUGUUUUAUGUUAUAUAAUAUUUAUUUUGUCUUGGAACAGGAAGAAAUAAUGGACGUAUCGUAUUAAUAUAAUAUUUCUCUAGUCUGGUGUUUGCCCAGUAUCAUUUAAAAUCUGGUCAUAUAUGUCUUUUGAUGAAAAGUUAUAUGUAUGUAUUAGUAGGUAUUAUCCUAAAAUUCGUUGUAUCCAAUAAUAACUUAAAAAACACAUUCUGCACGUCGUAUGAUAAUAAUGAUACAUUUGAAUGAAUUCUUUAAGAAAUAACUUUAUGAAUUCACAUCGUCCACAUUUGUAGCGCACAGAUGAUUAAAAUUACAUUAAAAUAGUUUAACUAUAGAAAAUCUCGAUCAUUAAUAACAACUGGAUACACAAGAAGCGAUACAAAAUGUUCCGACCAAAAGUCCACGCAGGGUGGAGGUUUGGUGUAUUCUAAAUCCGACUUUGACUCGUCCAAAUAAGGUUGAAUUUAUUAUUGUGUACAUUGACCAACUCGAUUAUAUUGUGCAAAAUUAUUGCUUUUAGAAGAAAAAACAGCAGUCAUGCUAAUAAGUUGUAACAUUUGUGCCGAUUAGAAUUUUCCUAAACACAUAAAGGACAGUUUAAAAUCGUUUUUGAUAGGAUUGUGUAUUUAGUUAUCUUUAAUGAUCGAAAAUAGAUAGAAAAAGUAUGAUAAUAGACAUUAUCAAUAUUAAAGUGCCAAAUAUGAAUCUACUAAGUUUUUCUCGAAUGACGUGAACAUAAUUUUUCAUAUUCUUUAAUUACAAAUUUUUAUCAAUCCUAUUAUUAUUCACUAAUUUUAUUUUGAAAGUGCUUUACUGGGAUGCUUUUGUGAUCAUUUAACUAUUUAAUCUUAUGAUAUGAGGCGGCCGACUACCAAAAAUUUAAUUUAGCAGAUUCUGUGACGGUUUAAAGUCAAAUUGUCUUCUUAUACUUUUCACAUGCUAGGGUAACAACUAUCAAUUCAUUAUUAUUUGGUGUUGUAUGUGUGUGCUGUACAUUGAAAACUUUUCGGCGUACGUCACUUGUAUAGUAGGUUAACAAAAUAGUCGUCAAUGCUUUUAUAUUACAAAGAGGCUAGGCUACGUCAGCGUUACUUGUAGGUCUGCAGUUGGUCGCCUUAUAUAAAUUACGAUUGUAAUAUAAAUCCAAUUUACAACUUCGAUGUCCAAUUUCGACAAUAUUUUAUUAUUCCUAUUUUUAGUAGUUUAUUUCCUAAAACUAGGGAUUUCGUUUAACUGUAAUUAUUAUAUUGUGUCUGAGACAUUUACAACCCAUGUUUAGAUCGAUUUUUUUAAUAAAUAAUAUUUUAUGGUU